GUGAGCAGGGAGGGUCCAUCUGCACGAGCAGAGAGAGCUCAGAUUCCCUCUGGCUUCUGGUAGCGAGUCCCAGCCUGGCCACGGAAGGGCUGGGAUUCUGCAGCAGACACAGGAUCACCAGGAGAUGAAGAGGAGCUGAGAGGGAGGAAGGUUUGCAGCAGAGCCUUUCCAGCUCCCGGAGGUGAGUGCCAGCCUUCCCUGGGAGCAGCAGGGAAAGGAGAGUGGGCUGGGAGGCAAGAGGGAAAAUCCGAACGCCGCGCUGGCAGCAGGAGACCUGGGAAGGAGUGAGAGCUUCCAGCGCUUCUCCUGGAGCUGGGUGUGAGAGCUGGAGUGCAGCUGGUGCUUCUGAGAUGCCUGUGGAGCAGUAAGAAUGGGGUUUGGAUACUGGUGGGGACUUGGAACAGCUGUGGAGCCUCUCCAGGGACUGGAAAAAAAGGUACCCAUGGAUGGGAUUUACUCCUCGGCGGGAGGAGAUGGGCAGGACGUGACCAAUGACACCAGCUGGGCAGAGGAAAGCAGCUCCAAGCUGUCCUCCCGUGUGGUGACAGCAGCCCUACUCCUCCUCCUCAUCCUCUCCACCCUCCUGGGGAACACCCUGGUGUGUGUGGCCGUGGCCAAGUUCAGGCACCUGCGCUCCAAGGUCACCAAUUCCUUCGUCAUCUCCCUGGCGGUGUCCGACCUGCUCGUGGCCGUGCUGGUGAUGCCCUGGAGGGCUGCCACCGACGUGCUGGGCUUCUGGCCCUUCGGGGGGGCUUUCUGUGAUGUGUGGGUGGCCUUUGACAUCAUGUGCUCCACGGCCUCCAUCCUCAACCUGUGUAUCAUCAGCCUGGAGCGCUACUGGGCCAUUUGCAGCCCCUUCCGCUCCGAGAGGAGGAUGACGUGGUGCGUGGCCUUCGUCAUGAUCGGGGUGGCCUGGCUGCUGUCCCUCCUCAUCUCCUUCAUCCCUGUGCAGCUCCAGUGGCACAAGGACAGUGGGAUGUUAAAGCAGCCAGGCUUUAACGCCUCCGGGGAGGAGGAGAGCUGUGCUCCCAGGCUCAGCAGGCCCUACGCCAUCUCCUCGUCCCUCAUCAGCUUCUACAUCCCCGUCGCCAUCAUGCUGGUGACCUACACCCGCAUCUUCCGCGUCGCCCGGCGCCAGAUCCGCAGGAUCUCCUCCCUGGAGAGGGCCCUGGGACACGCCCAGAGCUGCCACAGCCCUCGGGAAGCCUCCCCGAAGAGCUCCUUCAAGAAGGAGACCAAGGUCCUCAAGACCCUCUCCGUCAUCAUGGGCGUCUUCGUCUGCUGCUGGCUGCCCUUCUUCGUGCUCAACUGCGUGGUGCCCUUCUGCGAGCCCGGCCCCCACGAGCCAGGAGAGCUUCCCUGCGUCGGCCAGAGCGUCUUCAACACCUUUGUCUGGUUUGGGUGGGCCAACUCUUCCCUCAACCCCAUCAUCUACGCCUUCAACGCGGAAUUCCGGGGGGCUUUCGCCGCCCUCCUGGGCUGCGGCCGCACCGUGGAGACGCCGACCCUCAGCAACGAGCUGGUGUCCUACCACCAAGACACCGCCUUCCAGGGGGAGCUGGUGACCCUCAGCUACCCCCAGCUUCUCCCCCACGCUGUUCUGGGGGUGGAAGACACUGAGGGCUCCUCGGAGAAGGUUUCCCGGGUCUCCUCACCCUCGCUGGGGAAGGUCCCACCUCCCGCCAGUAGCACCUUCCACUGA